UAGCGACGAGCGCGAGCAUGGCCGACGUGGACUACUACGAGACGCUGGGCAUCCAGAAGACGGCCACGGAGGACGAGAUCAAGCGCGCCUACCGCAAGCUGGCCAUCCGCUACCACCCAGACAAGAACCUGGACAGCAAAGAGGAGGCUGAAGUCAAGUUCAAGGAGAUCGGAGAGGCGUACUCGGUGCUGUCCGAUGCAGACAAGAGGCGUCAGUACGACCGCUUUGGCAAGGCGGGGGUGGGUGGAGCGGCUGGAGGCGGCGGCGCCGGCCCCGGUAUGCACCCGUUCCAGGGACAGGAUGCGGAGGAGAUCUUCCGCACGUUCUUCGGCGGCCAGGACCCGUUCUCCAUGUUCUUCCAGGAAGGAAUGCGCGGAGGCGGAGGCAUGCACAACUUUGGGGGAUCGCGCGUGCACGUCUCGCAGUUCGGACCGGGGUUCACCUUCACGUCCUUCGGUGGCGCUCCCGGUAUGGGCAUGCCGGGCAUGCGCAUGCACCGCGUGAACCAGAGGCAGCGUGCGCCGGGUGGACCGAACGUUGCUGGCGACAACCGACCGCAGGCCAAUGGCCGCCUCUCGCAGUACCGGAUUGGCGGCGGCAACUUGCUGCUGAUCUUCUUCCUGCUGUGGAUCAUGGGCGUGCCCUUCAGCUACCUCUGGAUAGCGCUCAUGCUAUUCAGCUACCUCGGACUCGUCUAAACAACAGCAGCGGAAGGUUACGCUUCCUAUUGGCGCAGUCAGUCAAGUUGAUCGACGUUGAGCUGAUACGAAGGUGCGGAAGGGUAUCCAAGCACCAAUCGGCCGUGCAUGGUCGAGCAUAGCUACAGUAGUUGAUCGAGC